UAUACUAUCCUACGAAAACAACAAAUAAAAAUAAAUAAAAACAAUGGCGCCCUCACCACUUCAACAAAGAAGAACACAUAACACGUUACUUUUUCAAAAAUUAUUGAAUCUGAGAGAUGGAGCGAGUCCGUUUACGUUGAUAUUGGACUCGUUGGAGCAGAGUGGGAGGUUACUUGUUAGGGAGUUUUGGAGGAGGGCUUUGGUGGGUUACUUUUUGAUAUCUUUCUUUUUGUUUUGGGUUUUGAGGAGCUCGUUGGGGGGGUGGUGAGAAUUAGGACUUUUGGUCCAGGAGGAUAUGCAUGCUGGAUGGUGCGAGUAGUUCUCGUGCGAAGAUGGAAAUUUUGUGUUUGUGUAUGAUCACGUGAACAAGCUCGAUGUCGGAUACAUUGCUUUUGAAUGUUGAUUUAUUGGAAUCGGGGUUUCUUGCUGGUUUAUUGUUAUACUGAUUCAUAUUUAUAGAUCUCAAAGUCCAAGGUCAUCUUUAUUUCAUUCUCUACUCUUCAGAAACGAUUACCCUUUACCCCGGAUGUUUUCGUCUCGGCACAUGGCAAACCACUUUCACAGCUUCGUCGAGAGAUCGUUGCGCAUUUACCUUCGCCUACAACUCCUCCAUCAGCUUCUCAGCAAAGUAUGUUCUUUGUUAUCCCCUGGAUAGUAGGAAAGUUUAUAGCUAACACGACCCAGAAACCCUUCUCAUAAUCGAUAAUCUUCAUCCCCUUACAUCUCACCCAGAUCAUCUCUCCCCCUUCCUGUCCUCCCUCAUAAUUCACCCAUCUAUAUCUCUCCUCUGCACUCACCACCUUGACAUUCCCUUACCACCCUCCUCCACAAACACUAAUCCAUACACCCCGAACCCCCUAACAACCCUCCUCUUCCUCGCCACCGCCAUCCUCUCACCCUACAACUUCACUCAUGAACUCGCUCGCAAACGUGCACGCGAUAAGUCCGCCCGAGAACCUGAAUUUGGUAUCGCAGAAGGAAAAGAAGGUGUAAUCAGAGGAUUUGGAAAUGGUCACACCCCCGAUGCCAAAAAUGGAGAAAUCGUCCUAACGCUCGAAAUGCGGCGAAAAUCCGGUCGCGGCACUCGCGAAACUUUCAUCUAUACACCACCUCCACAUCAUACCUCUUCUCCCACGACUAAAGAUCUCGGUACCAUUCAACUUCUCGAUGAACAUCCAGCUUUUGCGGCGCCGGAAAUUUGGGAUAAUUCGACGGCCACAGGAGAGGAUGAGGGGAUGGAGGCUGAUGUUACGUUUAAUCUGGGCUUGACGGAGAAACAGAAAAGGGAUAGGGAGAAUGUUGUUUUGCCGUAUUUUGAUGCGCAGAAGGAGGGGGGGAUUGGAAGUGGGGGGAAGAUUCUUUAUGAGAUGGGGGCGGAGGAUAGGGAGGAUUUCGAUGAUGAGGAGGAUGAGAUUUAGGGGCGUGGUUAUGCUGGGAUAUUAUUUAUGAGUGAGAGGGUGCUGAGAUGUGGGAUCUUGAUGUUGAUUUUAAUGAUCUGGAUUGUGUACUGGUAUAUGUACGAGUUCUAGAUAUCUAGAUGUAUUUGAAGUUCUCGAGAAAGUAAAAUUAUUAGAUUAUUAUAUUUGAAUUAGAAAUUAAAAAAGUUGUAUAAUAUAUUUAAUUUUUAAAUCUCAAUUGAUUAUUAAAGA